AUCAAACUCAGCUCUCUCUACAAGGAAAUUGCGAGAUCAUAGGGAUGGGAUCCGAACCAGAGCCCGAACCAUCCCCCACGCCAAAGCUCUCCCUAUUCUCCCUCCCAACCCAGCCGGCCGAGCCGCCGGGAACCGUGACGCCGCCGCUGCGAACCAACGCCUCGGUUCCGUUUGAGUGGGAGGAGGUGCCGGGGAAGCCCCGAGCCUGCGCUUCCGCCGCCAGUCCGCCGCCCAAGCCUAAGGCCGUGAGGUCCCUAGACCUGCCUCCGAGGCUGCAAAGCGAAACUUUCACAGCCAAAAUCACCGGCACGCCCUCACCGACCACGGUGCUCGACGGGCCUUACUCUGGCCGAUCAGUCGCUCAGACGGUAUCGUUUUCGUUCCGGAAAGCGUCGGAGAGGUGGAACUUCGGGUCUUGGCGGUGGGGGAGUACUAGUUUCAAGGAAACAGGCCAGGAAGGUGGAAGUAGUUUGGACAAUUCGCCAGCCGGCAGUGGUUGUCCUUCCGAUCAGAGCGAUGGCUCGGAGGUGAAGAUCACUAAGGUUCGGAAGAGAAGCGGUUUCUUCAGCUCAUCUAAUAAGUCUCACUUCUGGGCAAGCAUAUAUGAAGGCGUUAAGCAUGCCGUUCCAUGGAGGCGCAAAAGAGAAAAACUAAAGAAGACAGACUCCUAAUUAUGCCUUCAGACAGCCAAGUAUGAUCUUCCUGAUCAUCAACUUCUUACCUAUACGUUCUAUGAAAUACUGAGUAAAAAUCUGUAUACGGACAAGAAAUAUUUUAUGCUUGAUUUGUAGUGUGUUUUGAGUUUGCUUCUUCUCUUGUUCUACCAUUGUCAUGUUCUCUAACAUUUGGGACAUGAGCCAAAUCAUAUUUCACCUUUACUCUCCAAUAUGAAGAUGUUCUUCCAUGAAUACACAAGAUUUACCA